GGGCCGGGGUGUCUGGGGCAUGAGCAGGGUGUGGGGGACCGGGGGGCCUCAGUGCCAGGCGGCGCUUGCGGUCCUGGCCUCGCUGUGCCGGGCCCGGCCGCCCCCUCUCGGGCUGGACGUGGAGACUUGUCGGAGCUUCGAGCUACAGCCCCUAGAGCGGAGUCCGAGCGCUGCCGACGCAGCUGUGCUGGAUGCCCUGGAGAAACAAGGAGGCCUCUAGUCCCUCUUCUGCUAACCUCCCCCUGGAGGCCCUCCAGAGCCCCAGCUCCAGAAGCAACAUGGCAGACAAGCUGAAGGACCCCAACACUCUGGGCUUCCUAGAGGCGGCUGUGAAAAUCAGCCACACGUCCCCAGAUAUCCCUGCUGAGGUGCAGAUGUCAGUCAAGGAGCACAUCAUGCGUCACACGAGGCUGCAGCGACAGACCACAGAGCCAGCAUCAUCCACCAGGCACACGUCCUUCAAGCGCCACCUGCCAAGGCAGAUGCACGUCUCCAGCGUGGACUAUGGUAAUGAGCUGCCCCCGGCGGCAGAGCAGCCCACCAGCAUCGGCCGCAUCAAGCCGGAGCUCUAUAAGCAGAAGUCGGUGGAUGCGGAUGAGGCCAAAUCCGAGGCAGCCAAGAGCUGUGGGAAGAUCAACUUCAGCCUGCGCUAUGACUACGAGAGUGAGACCCUGAUCGUGCGCAUCCUGAAGGCCUUUGACCUCCCUGCCAAGGACUUUUGCGGCAGCUCUGACCCUUACGUCAAGAUCUACCUCCUGCCUGACCGCAAAUGCAAGCUGCAGACCCGGGUGCACCGCAAGACCCUGAACCCAACAUUUGACGAGAAUUUCCACUUCCCUGUGCCCUAUGAGGAGCUGGCUGACCGCAAGCUGCAUCUCAGUGUUUUUGACUUUGACCGUUUCUCCCGCCAUGACAUGAUUGGAGAGGUCAUCCUGGACAACCUCUUUGAGGCCUCUGACUUGUCCCGGGAAACCUCCAUCUGGAAGGAUAUCCAGUACGCCACAAGUGAAAGUGUGGAUUUGGGAGAGAUCAUGUUCUCCCUCUGCUACCUGCCCACAGCAGGCCGGCUCACCCUCACGGUGAUCAAGUGUCGGAACCUCAAGGCCAUGGACAUCACAGGCUAUUCAGACCCAUAUGUCAAAGUGUCCCUACUUUGUGAUGGGCGGAGAUUAAAGAAGAAGAAAACAACCAUAAAGAAGAACACUCUCAAUCCUGUCUACAAUGAAGCCAUCAUCUUUGACAUUCCCCCAGAGAACAUGGAUCAAGUCAGCUUGCUCAUCUCGGUUAUGGAUUAUGAUAGAGUGGGCCACAAUGAGAUCAUUGGAGUCUGUCGUGUGGGGAUCAGCGCUGAGGGCCUGGGCAGGGACCACUGGAACGAGAUGCUGGCGUACCCACGGAAGCCCAUUGCACACUGGCACUCCUUGGUGGAGGUAAAGAAAUCCUUCAAAGAGGGAAACCCUCGGUUGUGAUUUCAUUCACGUGGAUGCUGCAAGCAGAGAGACUGCCACCUGGAGUUAGGAUGGCAGGGCCGAGCUGCCAGCUUCGACAGCGAGAGCUCCUGCCCGUCUCCGAAACCACCUCCAACACCGUGAGCUGCGCGGCCCAGCGGCACGAACAGGACUCAGCAAUGUUCUUUCUGCACUUGUUCAACCGUCUAAACUCAGUGUUGUGUGGUAGCAGCCACAGCGGGUCCCUCACUCCAGAGUCUUAACUGCUCCUGUGUAGGGCAAGGCCGAGACAACUUGUCAUGUGGUCAGAUCUGUCUUAGUCUUGUCUGUCUCCCAAGGUGAUGUUUUUUGUGGUUUUCACUUUUUAUGGAUCUGCUGUCAAGAAAAGAAGGGAAAAAAAGUAGGGAAAAAACCAAGAGUAGAGAGCCCAGGAAUUGGUUCUAUAAAAGACAAUGUAAAAUAGUCGUCUUUUGGGGGGAGGUGGUUUGAGUUUCUGAAAUUUUGUCUCCACCAAGCUCCAUAACCCUGGAGAAGAAGGAAGUGGGAUGGAGCCGUGGCUGCGUCCUCAGCAGCCCACAGGAACGGUGCACAUUGGUCAAAGAGCCUUUACAAGACUGAUUAUGACGCUUUGAAGCUCUUCGCGGAUAGGACACACGCUGAGAUGGACUUCCUAUCCCGUGUUGACAUCGCGAGCGCCCUGCAGUGUCUGUGACACUUCCGCUGGUCGUUCGGGGCUCCUCACUCCCCUUUCUCACUGGCUUUCUUCAUGAAUUGAAAACGUCUUGAUUCCUCAUGGGAACUGAGUCGCUUUCUUUAGGAAUGAUUCUGCUGAAACUAAACAGGCCACGUUUUCUGGCACACCACAGUUAAUGCCCACAUUUGUUUGAAAACGGAAUCUUUGUUCUCGAAAAUAAUCUUCAUUGUAAAGAAAAGGAAGCCCAUAUGUUCCAGAAUGAUUUUUGCAUUAUACAUAGCUUCAUAAUUCCAUGAAAUAUCAAGCAGCUGUUUAAAAUGCCUAAACAGAUCAAAGAAAAGCCUAGAUAAAAUUUUUUUUUCUGAAUGGGGAGUUUUCAAAUCCAAGUAAUAGUCGGAGUCCAUCUUUCUACGAAGAGCAUCUUCUUGAUUGCAACCAAGUCAGCUUAAUCCUAUUUCAGCCCCCUUGACUCUGGGACAAGAUUCAUCUUACACUUUAGUUCUAUAAAUUACUAAGUACUGUAGUGUUCGUUUGUUUCAGUGGUAGUGAAGGGUUUUUUUGCUUUAGAUCUCUACCCUAGGCCCAAUUCAGUUUAGGAAAAAAAAAUGUUUAAACUAUUCUGUAUUGUAAUAGUACAUUUCUGUUCAGUUACUAGCGGCCUCCCCACCAACCCCCUAUACCUAGGUUGAUUUGCUCAGAUGGGUCUGUAUUGCCCUGGUAAAUGUGUGGAGGUGAACUUCCACUUCAACUUGUGACUUACACAAUGUCAAUUUCCAGAGCCGUGUGUGUGACUUGCGAGAGGUAAGUCUGCUGAAGAACCCUUCUUUCAACAAUGGAAGGUCAAAAACAUAAAAGCUAUUCACACACCUCGUGUCUUAUUCUUUGUAUAUGUCACAUGCUUUAGGAGCAGCAACUCAAUAAAGUAACCCUCAUUUUAAGCCAA